GAAAGGGAGCCGAGAGUCGCGAAGUGAUGAUGUAAAUAUAAGCUUUCGCUAGCAAUGGCGAGCGGAAAGAAAAAUGCACCCUUGUCGUCCCUGGCGGCUUAUGGGGAUGAUUCAGAACAGGAAUCUGACACCGAUACCGGGGAGACAGAAGAGCAAGGAGGGCUGGUGUCGGCUGACUAUGGGGAGUAUGAUGUGAGCCGCGUGGAGGAGGGAGACUCGAGGAUCUCCAUUGAUGAGGACAGCAGAGACAGCUCCAGGAACUCUGAAGAGGAAGAGUCCGAUCCCGAGCCCCCUGAAGCACAUGACGGAAAGACAUUUCUUUUGUACCCUGAAGUGGAGAUGAAAUAUGAGGAAGGCAGACCCCGAACCUGGACCUGUCCUUGCCAGCAGGAGAGCCUUCGAGCGCCUGUAUUGUUGAAGACACGGAUCAAUCAGCUGGAAGAGGCAGCGAACGUCCAUAAGUAUUCAGAGAUACCUGAAGGGGAGAAGAAGGACCCAAAUGAGCUUGUUGCUCAGUUCUCAGAACGGGUGCGGAACAUGUCUCCAGAUGAGAUCCGAAUCCCUCCCGAGCCCCCAGGACGCUGUUCUAACAACCUGCAGGAGAAGAUCCAGAAGCUGUAUGAGAGGAAGCUUCAUGGGGAUAUUGACACCAACAGCCACAUCCAGAAUAAGAAGGAAUUUCGCAACCCCAGUAUUUAUGAAAAGCUGAUCCAGUAUUGUGGAAUUGACGAACUCGGAACAAACUACCCAAAGGACAUGUUUGAUCCUCAUGGCUGGUCAGAAGAUUCCUACUACGAGGCUCUAGCUAAAGCCCAGAAGGUGGAGAUGGACAAACUCGAAAAGGCCAAGAAGGAGCGAACUAAGGAGGCUACUUCAGGAGGACUAUCUCUCUUUCAGAUUGAGUUUGUGACUGGUACCAAGAAGGGCACAACAACCAAUGCUGCUGCCACCACCAGCAGCACUGCCAGCACCACAGCCGCAGAUGCUCAGAAGAGGAAGAGCAAAUGGGACUCUGCUGUGCCAGUAUCCCUCGCACAGCCCACCAUUCUCACAACUACAGCAACUCUGCCCGCCGUCGUCUCGGUAACCACUACUGCAAGCGGCACCAAGACCACCGUCAUCUCUGCUGUGGGGACCAUUGUAAAGAAAGCCAAGCAGUGACUAAAUCCCCCUGGUGUACUGGCUCUGAAACUUUCAGUGCUCUUAAAGGGGGUUCUUCCCUCGUCUCUUUAUUGACCUCUGUGGACGUCUCUAGAUAAUGUAACGACAAACUUUCAACAAAGCUGUUUGCAAUUCACUGUUGUCAGCCGACAGAGUGGUAUUCAUGCAGCAGCUGAGUCCGGGGGGUCCAUUUUGCUGGGAUCUCCAUGCCCCCCCGGUAGUCAAAGGAAUUCAAGGACCUGAAGUAUCCCAUAGCAUUUUGUAUGAUAAAACCAACUGUCAGUUUACGUUUUUUUUUAUAUAUAUAUAUAAAAUUGUGAAUAAAAUAUUUGAACACUUUCAUAAUUUAACAUUUGGGUUUGACCGUGUUCUUUUCAAAAACGUUUAUUGCUUGUCCAUGCAAACAUUACUUGCAAAAAAAUCACUCCUCAAUUCCCAAUUCUAGAAAAGAAUUAUGUUCAAAGCAUGUAUGAAUAUCUUUAAGAUUUUGAAGUAUGUCUGAAAGAAGAUUUAAAGUGUCUUUAUAUUGUGUUCAGUGACUGGAGUGUCUGUUGUUGGCUUAGAGCUAGAAAGUUGAGGAUAUUUUGUUUCUGCUGCUGAAUGCUUUGUAAUUGUCACUUAUUAAAGCUGGUAUUAUUUUACUACUUUUAUAA